AUGGUAUUGCAAGAUGCAGCUUUUCAGUGCGAGAAGAAAGAACAUGACGACGACAGUUUAGAUCUCUCCGACCCUGCCAUAAGCAACACCACCAUUAGUGUUGGCAUCACUUGCAACAUCAAGGACGAUUUUCACCCUAAUCUCAUCGCUGAUUUGAAUUUAAACCAUUCACUCCACAAUGAAGAGGAAGAAAACUUGUCAUCUGAAAUCUGCACAACAAACGGUUUCAGAUUCAACAUCAACCAUGAUGAUGACGAAGAGAAUUCAUGUUGGGAAUCUAUCUUCAAAUUCAUCAUCAACAAUGAUGAUGACGAAGAAAACAACCGUCGCAACUUGAAUUCUCUCUCCAUCGUUUCCAAACAGUUCCUCUCCAUCACCCACCGUUUCCGAUUCUCACUCAAUGUCUAUCACCCAAAAGAACUUCGUAGUCUCAAAAGGUACACCAAUCUCAACUCUCUCAACCUCGCACGCUACUACAAUUACCACACUGACAUUGACCAGUUUCUUCGCAAAAUCUCUCGUUUCCCAUUGAAACUCACAUCACUUAAUCUCUCCAAACAGCUUACCUUUCCUACAAAUGGGUUGCGAGUUUUUUCACAAAAGAUUACAACUUUGACAUCUCUCACUUGUUCCCACAUUGAUGCUUAUCGUUCUCUUAACAGUUCUCAUUUGCUACUCAUUGCGGAAUGUUUCCCAUUGCUCGAAGAACUCGACCUCAGUUACCCCACAUAUUGCAACAAAAAUUCCUCUAGCUUUCGUGAUGGGAUACAAGCACUUUCACUUGCUCUUUUCAAACUGCGUAAGGUUAAUUUUUCUGGCUGUCCCAUAAACAAUCAAUCGCUUUUCCACCUUCUAUGCAACUGUAAGCUUCUCCAAGAUGUCAUCAUGUUUGACUGUGAUCAAAUAACCAAUGCAGGAGUCACUUCUGCUCUCCGUGAAAGACCAACAUUGACGUCUUUAUCCUUUUCCACCACUCCUAACAAUUCAGUAUUCAAUAAUAUACAUUUUAUUGAUUCGUUGGUGAGUUUGAAGGGUUUGACUUCUCUUGAUUUGAAGCGUUUGAAAAUCUCUGAUGAGUUGCUCUACUCGAUUGCAAGGGAAGGUCUUCUUUUGAAAAGGCUUGUCCUUCAAAUUUGCACGGGCUAUAGUUAUGCUGGAAUCAUUUGUUUGGUAUCCAACUGUCAACGUUUGAAACAUUUGGAUCUUCAAGAUGCUGGUUUUCUGAAUGAUAUACAUGUUGUAAAUUUGUCUUUGUUUCUUAGUAAUUUGGUGUCCAUAAACCUUAGUGGUUGUCCUAAGCUCACCAAAUCAGCCUUGCUUACUCUUGCUAGGUAUUGUCCUUCACUUGGUGAGAUCAAAAUGGAAAACAUUGGGACGGAUUGUGUAGAGAAUUCUGAUUCUUUGGUGGACUUUGGUGUAUACCCUCAAUUAAAGUCUCUCUAUCUGGGUGAAAAUACAUGGUUAAGUGAUGAAAGCAUCAUAAUGUUUGCUUCCAUUUUCCCCAAUUUGCAGCUGCUUGAUUUUAAUUCUUGCAAUCGCAUAUCUAAAGGUGUCUGUGAAGUUUUAAGGAGAUGUUCUAAGAUUAGGCAUUUGAACCUAUCCGAAUGUUCAAGAGUGAAGCUACUUGGAAUGAACUUUGCAGUUCCGAAGCUGGAGGUGUUAGACUUGUCAUUUACAAAAGUUGAUGAUAAAACACUCUAUGCGAUCUCAAAGAAUUGUUGCGGGCUUUUGCAACUAUUACUGGAACAUUGUGAUAAUGUCAAGGAGAAGGGAGUGAAACAUGUGGUUGAAAACUGCACACAAUUGAGAGAACAAGAUCGCCUUCUUUACUAGUAUUUUGAAAGUGCUGUGCUGAAAGUUUGAACUCUAUCCAAAUGACUGAUGCAUACGUUGGAAUAUGUGGGCAGGAAGGCAAAACAGUGAUGAAGUUGAGAGAUUACUACGAGAAUAUCAAUAGUACUUCAAAUUUAUUAACUACUUAAGAUGCUUUCCUUUUAGCUUUGUUCUCAAUAUUGAGUAUUUGAAUUAUGACAGCUGAAAUUUGGUUUACAAGGGAUAUGCUAAAACAUAUGCACACCUGUAGCUUUUCUAAAUCUUAAUCACUAUGAACAUGAAACCAUAUACUAAAGUGGGAAUCCAUGCUGUGCGUGAUGAAAAUUGGAAAAGUUUUAAACAUUUUUGUCACUUCAA